AUGCGUCUGCGACCACAUUGUUGGUUGAGCCCCCGGCCCUGGGCUGAGUGGGCUGCGCGAGCUAGAAGACGCCGACUAGAGCCACAAGUGCAACGCUCUCCGCCCGCCACCACCCGAGUCAGAAAUGUAACAUUGUCCUUUUGCGACUCCAUCAGCACGCCGGCCUUAUCAGCGCCGCCUGCUAUCGUGAUGCGGCUAAUCAUUCGAGACGAUCCGAGGGCUGCGUCCCAAUACAUCGCCGACUAUGUCAUUGAACGCAUCAACACCUUCAACCCUACGCCAGAGAGGCCCUUUGUCUUAGGUUUGCCCACAGGGAGCAGCCCCGUCUUGAUCUACGAGCAUCUCGUACAGCGCCACAAAGCGGGUCAAGUCUCCUUCCGCAAUGUGGUCACAUUUAAUAUGGACGAGUAUGUCGGCAUCCCGCGAGAUCACCCCGAGAGCUACCACAGCUUUAUGUAUAAGCAUUUCUUCUCCCAUGUCGAUGUGAAACCCGAAAACAUCAACAUCCUCAACGGUAACGCACCUGACCUGGAAGUCGAAUGCCAUGACUACGAAGAGAAGAUCCAACGUGCAGGUGGUAUCGAGCUGUUCCUCGGCGGCAUUGGGCCAGAUGGACACAUUGCUUUCAACGAGCCAGGUUCCAGCCUCAAGUCUCGGACGCGCGUGAAGACUCUUGCAUACGAUACCAUUCUGGCCAACUCAAGGUUCUUCGGAAACAAUCUCGAUCAGGUGCCGAAGAUGGCGCUCACAGUGGGAGUUCAGACUGUUCUUGACGCGCGCGAAGUCGUCAUCAUCAUCACAGGCGCACACAAGGCCCUAGCUCUUCAGCGGUGCAUCGAAGGCGGCGUGAACCACAUGUGGACGCUGUCCAGUCUCCAGAUGCACCCGCACCCGAUGAUCGUAGUCGACGAAGAUGCCACCCUAGAACUGCAAGUCAAGACCGUCAAGUACUUCAAGAGCAUCGAGCGCGUAGGCUCCGAACUAGGCAUGCGCCAGAAGCUCCCCAGAAAGCGCGACUCGCUUGUCGACGAGGGGACCCUGCUAGCCCCUGACCAGCCAAACGGUAUCAGAUUGACUGUGCCGCAAGUUGAUCUCUCCCGUUCAGCAAGUCCCGUCCUCGAGCCAAUGAGCGCUCGCAUCUCCGACGACGAGGCAAGCGCUUUGCAAUUGCGUUCCAUGGAAUCGGAUUUGGACGAUGUCGCAGAUCAGCCCUCGGUCCGAAUGAGCGCUCGCGUCGCUAGCUAGCCCUCUACCACUGUUUCGAACCCGACAGGCUGUGGAAAUUGGAUGGACGCCGUUUUUUGUGCCUUUGUUUGCUUUUAGGGGAGACCGCUAGACCGGUUCUUGGGUCGGAGACGAGUUUCCUGUUCAGGGCUGGGUUGCUGCGAGGGCGUGGUGGCACGGUCGGUCGGAAGCGUCCAGCAGCCAGGUCUGGUCGCAGCCGCUCAAUAGUCUGGCUAUAUUUGUUUGUUAUUAUAGAAGAAUUGCUGCGACGUUAUAGAGAAAUCUGCGAGCGAUGGCAGAUUCACUGUUGUGCAGAGUUUGCUUGUCGUUACAAGCCAUCAUCGUCGGAAAGCAUGUUAGGCAUCGGACAAGGGAACGGCGUGUGAAAUACAAUCAAAUACCAAUCUAGUCUUGCACUCCA